AUGUCAGGAGCCGUCGCCACCUUCACGAACCCGCGACUGCUCGAGCGCCCUGCUAAUGAGCGCACCGAAUAUGAAGACGCCUACCAGUGGCGUGGGCUUCCAGAGAAGCCGCAAGACACACACGAAGACAUCGACAACAUCCACCCCUCGGUAAACCCCGCCAUGUACAACACGACCACCAAGGACGCCUACAAGCCGUACGACCCCGACGCGUACAGGCGCGAGCAGCCGACGGACGACGGCGAGGGCUACGAGAAGGUGCCCGUGGACCCCGCCAUGUACAACACGACCACCAAGGACGCCUACAAGCCGUACGACCCCGACGCGUACAGGCGCGAGCAGCCGACGGACGACGGCGAGGGCUACGAGAAGGUGCCCGUGGACCCCGCCAUGUACAACACGACCACCAAGGACGCCUACAAGCCGCACGACCCCGACGCGUACAGGCGCGAGCAGCCGACGGACGACGGCGAGGGCUACGAGAGGGUGCCCGUGGACCCCGCCAUGUACAACACGACCACCAAGGACGCCUACAAGCCGCACGACCCCGAUGCGUACAGGCGCGAGCAGCCGACGGACGACGGCAACGGCUACGAGAAGGUGCCCGUGGACCCCGCCAUGUACAACACGACCACCAAGGACGCCUACAAGCCGCACGACCCCGAUGCGUACAGGCGCGAGCAGCCGACGGACGACGGCAACGGCUACGAGAAGGUGCCCGUGGACCCCGCCAUGUACAACACGACCACCAAGGACGCCUACAAGCCGUACGACCCCGACGCGUACAGGCGCGAGCAGCCGACGGACGACGGCAACGGCUACGAGAAGGUGCCCGUGGACCCCGCCAUGUACAACACGACCACCAAGGACGCCUACAAGCCGCACGACCCCGACGCGUACAGGCGCGAGCAGCCGACGGACGACGGCAACGGCUACGAGAAGGUGCCCGUGGACCCCGCCAUGUACAACACGACCACCAAGGACGCCUACAAGCCGCACGACCCCGACGCGUACAGGCGCGAGCAGCCGACGGACGACGGCGAGGGCUACGAGAAGGUGCCCGUGGACCCCGCCAUGUACAACACGACCACCAAGGACGCCUACAAGCCGCACGACCCCGACGCGUACAGGCGCGAGCAGCCGACGGACGACGGCGAGGGCUACGAGAAGGUGCCCGUGGACCCCGCCAUGUACAACACGACCACCAAGGACGCCUACAAGCCGUACGACCCCGACGCGUACAGGCGCGAGCAGCCGACGGACGACGGCAACGGCUACGAGAAGGUGCCCGUGGACCCCGCCAUGUACAACACGACCACCAAGGACGCCUACAAGCCAUACGACCCCGAUGCGUACAGGCGCGAGCAGCCGACGGACGACGGCAACGGCUACGAGAAGGUGCCCGUGGACCCCGCCAUGUACAACACGACCACCAAGGACGCCUACAAGCCGUACGACCCCGACGCGUACAGGCGCGAGCAGCCGACGGACGACGGCGAGGGCUACGAGAAGGUGCCCGUGGACCCCGCCAUGUACAACACGACCACCAAGGACGCCUACAAGCCGUACGACCCCGACGCGUACAGGCGCGAGCAGCCGACGGACGACGGCAACGGCUACGAGAAGGUGCCCGUGGACCCCGCCAUGUACAACACGACCACCAAGGACGCCUACAAGCCGUACGACCCCGACGCGUACAGGCGCGAGCAGCCGACGGACGACGGCAACGGCUACGAGAAGGUGCCCGUGGACCCCGCCAUGUACAACACGACCACCAAGGACGCCUACAAGCCGUACGACCCCGACGCGUACAGGCGCGAGCAGCCGACGGACGACGGCGAGGGCUACGAGAGGGUGCCCGUGGACCCCGCCAUGUACAACACGACCACCAAGGACGCCUACAAGCCGUACGACCCCGAUGCGUACAGGCGCGAGCAGCCGACGGACGACGGCGAGGGCUACGAGAAGGUGCCCGUGGACCCCGCCAUGUACAACACGACCACCAAGGACGCCUACAAGCCGUACGAUCCCGAUGCGUACAGGCGCGAGCAGCCGACGGACGACGGCAACGGCUACGAGAAGGUGCCCGUGGACCCCGCCAUGUACAACACGACCACCAAGGACGCCUACAAGCCAUACGACCCCGACGCGUACAGGCGCGAGCAGCCGACGGACGACGGCGAGGGCUACGAGAAGGUGCCCGUGGACCCCGCCAUGUACAACACGACCACCAAGGACGCCUACAAGCCGUACGACCCCGACGCGUACAGGCGCGAGCAGCCGACGGACGACGGCAACGGCUACGAGAAGGUGCCCGUGGACCCCGCCAUGUACAACACGACCACCAAGGACGCCUACAAGCCGUACGACCCCGACGCGUACAGGCGCGAGCAGCCGACGGACGACGGCGAGGGCUACGAGAAGGUGCCCGUGGACCCCGCCAUGUACAACACGACCACCAAGGACGCCUACAAGCCGUACGACCCCGACGCGUACAGGCGCGAGCAGCCGACGGACGACGGCGAGGGCUACGAGAGGGUGCCCGUGGACCCCGCCAUGUACAACACGACCACCAAGGACGCCUACAAGCCAUACGACCCCGACGCGUACAGGCGCGAGCAGCCGACGGACGACGGCGAGGGCUACGAGAAGGUGCCCGUGGACCCCGCCAUGUACAACACGACCACCAAGGACGCCUACAAGCCGUACGACCCCGACGCGUACAGGCGCGAGCAGCCGACGGACGACGGCGAGGGCUACGAGAGGGUGCCCGUGGACCCCGCCAUGUACAACACGACCACCAAGGACGCCUACAAGCCAUACGACCCCGACGCGUACAGGCGCGAGCAGCCGACGGACGACGGCGAGGGCUACGAGAGGGUGCCCGUGGACCCCGCCAUGUACAACACGACCACCAAGGACGCCUACAAGCCAUACGACCCCGACGCGUACAGGCGCGAGCAGCCGACGGACGACGGCGAGGGCUACGAGAGGGUGCCCGUGGACCCCGCCAUGUACAACACGACCACCAAGGACGCCUACAAGCCAUACGACCCCGACGCGUACAGGCGCGAGCAGCCGACGGACGACGGCGAGGGCUACGAGAGGGUGCCCGUGGACCCCGCCAUGUACAACACGACCACCAAGGACGCCUACAAGCCAUACGACCCCGACGCGUACAGGCGCGAGCAGCCGACGGACGACGGCAACGGCUACGAGAAGGUGCCCGUGGACCCCGCCAUGUACAACACGACCACCAAGGACGCCUACAAGCCAUACGACCCCGAUGCGUACAGGCGCGAGCAGCCGACGGACGACGGCAACGGCUACGAGAAGGUGCCCGUGGACCCCGCCAUGUACAACACGACCACCAAGGACGCCUACAAGCCGUACGACCCCGACGCGUACAGGCGCGAGCAGCCGACGGACGACGGCGAGGGCUACGAGAAGGUGCCCGUGGACCCCGCCAUGUACAACACGACCACCAAGGACGCCUACAAGCCGUACGACCCCGACGCGUACAGGCGCGAGCAGCCGACGGACGACGGCGAGGGCUACGAGAGGGUGCCCGUGGACCCCGCCAUGUACAACACGACCACCAAGGACGCCUACAAGCCAUACGACCCCGACGCGUACAGGCGCGAGCAGCCGACGGACGACGGCGAGGGCUACGAGAAGGUGCCCGUGGACCCCGCCAUGUACAACACGACCACCAAGGACGCCUACAAGCCGUACGACCCCGACGCGUACAGGCGCGAGCAGCCGACGGACGACGGCGAGGGCUACGAGAGGGUGCCCGUGGACCCCGCCAUGUACAACACGACCACCAAGGACGCCUACAAGCCGUACGACCCCGACGCGUACAGGCGCGAGCAGCCGACGGACGACGGCGAGGGCUACGAGAAGGUGCCCGUGGACCCCGCCAUGUACAACACGACCACCAAGGACGCCUACAAGCCAUACGACCCCGAUGCGUACAGGCGCGAGCAGCCGACGGACGACGGCGAGGGCUACGAGAGGGUGCCCGUGGACCCCGCCAUGUACAACACGACCACCAAGGACGCCUACAAGCCAUACGACCCCGAUGCGUACAGGCGCGAGCAGCCGACGGACGACGGCGAGGGCUACGAGAAGGUGCCCGUGGACCCCGCCAUGUACAACACGACCACCAAGGACGCCUACAAGCCAUACGACCCCGAUGCGUACAGGCGCGAGCAGCCGACGGACGACGGCGAGGGCUACGAGAAGGUGCCCGUGGACCCCGCCAUGUACAACACGACCACCAAGGACGCCUACAAGCCAUACGACCCCGAUGCGUACAGGCGCGAGCAGCCGACGGACGACGGCGAGGGCUACGAGAAGGUGCCCGUGGACCCCGCCAUGUACAACACGACCACCAAGGACGCCUACAAGCCGUACGACCCCGACGCGUACAGGCGUGUUGUGGAUGAGGUACCUUCUGAGCUACCGGUACUAGCGCUCUCAGACAGGGCGUUUUCGACGCCGGCGGAGACUCAUGUGGGUGGUUUGGCUGAAGGCACUGCUGAGGCUACUCCUUCUCAUGUUGACGUUGAACAGAAGCCGAACCCGCGCAUGCGCCGCGCGCAAGCCGACCCUGCAUUUUACGAGAGCAUAUAUGCAAAGGACUACAAACCCGCGGUACCGACUGCGGAGGCAGUGCCUGCUCCAGCUGAUGUGUCGGAGCCUGCUGCGGAGAAGCCGGACCCGCGCAGGCGCCGCGCGCAAGCCGACCCUGCAUUUUACGAGAGCAUAUAUGCAAAGGACUACAAACCCGCGGUACCGACUGCGGAGGCAGUGCCUGCUCCAGCUGAUGUGUCGGAGCCUGCUGCGGAGAAGCCGGACCCGCGCAUGCGCCGCGCGCAAGCCGACCUUAGCAGCUAUCAAAGCACGUAUGCGAAGGACUACGGUUGCUCUGAUGGUGCGCCCGCUUCGGUGGUGGGAAAGCCGGUUGUGCCGCCGUUGAGGAUUCCUAGUGAAGGGAAGUCGAAUAAGAAGAAUGGAACCGCACGUACGUCGGUGCGCGCGCCCAUCGCCGGCCGGCAGAAAGAGAGAAGCUCGGUGCCUGCCGCUAAGGCGCACGCACCGGUCUCCCCGCCGGCCUCAGCGGAGGAGGCGCCGACCAAGAAGACGCUGCCGGUGGCUCCAGCGAAGACGGGUGAGCCAGCCGAGCCGCGGCCGCGUCCAAAGGGAUCGUACGAGACGGAAUACAGAAAGAACUACCGUGCCUACAGCAACAAACACACACCGGUCGAGACCCCGCGUCGCACGCAGGCUUGCGUCCAUCACGUGGACCCGGCUUUCUACACGACCACCUGCAGCGCUGCCUACGUGGCACCGGCCGCGGCACCAGCGCGUUCGGCCUUUACACGCCCGACGGUAUCGGUGCGUCACGUGGACCCUAGCAUGUACGUCAGCACAAGCCGUGCCGCUUACGCGUAA